CUGCUGCCAUGAUUCAAACCUCCACCACCGCCCUCUCUUUUCUCCCUCUCCAUCAUCCGCUUUGACUUUUCUCCCCCUCCGUCGGCCGGAGAUCGGCAUGCAGACAAUGCCGACAACUUAGCUCCGGUGGCCUGGGUUCCCCAAUCGUGCUCCACCACUGCAACUCACAUUUAUUGCGAAUUCAUUUGACCGCGACUGUUCAGUAACCGCUUUCCCCCCCAUUUCCUCCUCCCCCUUCGAUUACCGAGCCGAGCGGAAAUGGCGGCGGCACUGACGGGGGACGAUCUCGUGGGAUCGACGAGCAGCAGGCGGAGCUUCGGCUCUACGAGCCACCGGAGCUGGAUGGCGACGGCGAGCUUCCGCGACGUGUUCACCUCGGCGCCGGCGACGGACGCGUUCAGCCGCGCAGGCGGGAGGGAGCAGGAGGACGACGAGGAGGAGCUCCGGUGGGCGGCCAUCGAGCGGCUGCCGACGUUCGACAGGAUGAGGAAGGGCGUGCUGAAGACCGUGCUCGACGACGGCGCGGUCGUCCGGAGCGAGGUCGACGUCACGAAGCUCGGGAUGCAGGACAGGAAGCAGCUGAUGGAGAAUAUACUGAAGGUCGUUGAGAACGACAACGAGAAUUUCCUCCGGCGGCUCAGAGAUCGAACCGAUCGAGUAGGGAUUGAAGUUCCGAAGAUUGAAGUGAGGUACGAGCAUUUAUCGGUCGACGGCGAGGUUCACGUCGGCAGCAGAGCUCUUCCCACUCUGUUCAACACCGCCAUUAACACCGUCGAGAACGUUCUUGGAUGGAUUCGGCUGGCUCCAUCGAAGAAGAGGAAGAUACAGAUUCUUCAAGAUAUCAGUGGAAUCGUGAAACCAUCAAGGAUGACGCUUCUUCUGGGUCCUCCAGGGGCUGGGAAGACUACAAUGCUGCUUGCUCUUGCUGGCAAGCUCGAUCAUGAUCUCAAGUCUUCGGGAAAGAUAACAUACUGCGGCCAUGAGUUCAACGAGUUUGUCCCACAGAGGACGUGCGCUUACAUCAGUCAGCACGAUCUCCACCAUGGCGAGAUGACGGUGAGGGAGACAUUCGACUUCUCCGGGCGAUGCUUGGGGGUGGGGACGAGAUAUGAGAUGCUGGUGGAGCUCUCCAGGCGGGAGAAACAAGCCGGGAUUAAGCCUGAUCCUGAGAUUGAUGCCUUCAUGAAGGCCACUGCAGUUUCUGGCCAGAAGACUAGCUUGGUCACUGAUUACAUUCUCAAGAUUCUCGGAUUGGACAUUUGCGCGGAUAUCAUCGUUGGGAAUGAGAUGCAGAGAGGGAUCUCUGGAGGACAAAAGAAGCGUGUUACAACUGGAGAAAUGUUGUGUGGACCAGCAAAGGUCCUUCUGAUGGAUGAAAUAUCAACUGGGUUGGACAGUUCGACCACUUUCCAGAUUUGCAAGUUCAUGAGACAGAUGGUUCACAUCAUGGAAGUAACCAUGAUCAUCUCUCUUCUACAACCAGCACCUGAGACAUUUGAGCUCUUCGAUGAAGUCAUCUUGCUCUCGGAAGGAAGGAUCGUGUACCAAGGUCCACGAGAGAAUGUGCUCGAGUUCUUUGAGUAUAUGGGGUUCAAAUGCCCAGAUAGGAAAGGAGUUGCAGACUUUCUACAAGAGGUGACUUCCAAGAAGGAUCAAGAGCAGUACUGGUACAAGAGGAACGAGCCUUAUCGAUAUGUCUCAGUCGCUGAGUUUGUCGAAGGCUUCCACUCUUUCCAUGUCGGCCAGCAGAUUGCAUCAGAUCUUAGUGUUCCAUACGAUAGGUCCAAGGUACAUGAUGCUGCGCUCGUGAAAAGCAAGUACGGGAUCUCGAAUUGGGAGCUCUUCAGGGCAUGCUUCUCGAGGGAAUUGCUUCUGAUGAAGCGGAACAACUUCGUGUAUAUAUUCAAGACCACCCAGAUAACAAUCAUGUCGAUAAUCGCCUUCACGGUAUUUCUGAGGACAACGAUGAAAGUUGGGACUGUAUCGGAUGGGAACAAGUUCCUCGGGGCGCUGUUCUUCAGUCUCAUUAACAUGAUGUUUAAUGGAAUGGCUGAGCUUGCCAUGACUGUUUUCAGGCUUCCUGUGUUUUUCAAACAGAGGGACUUCUUAUUUUAUCCUGCAUGGGCUUUUGGACUUCCCAUAUGGAUCCUCAGAAUUCCUAUCUCUUUCUUGGAAUCCGCUAUAUGGAUUGCUCUAACUUACUACACUAUUGGUUUUGCUCCAUCUGCUAGCAGGCUUUUCAAACAGUUUCUGGCGUUCUUCGGUAUACAUCAGAUGGCUCUCUCCCUUUUCCGCUUCAUUGCUGCUGUUGGAAGAACACCAGUUGUGUCAAACACGUUUGGAACCUUCUCAUUGCUUAUCAUUUUUGUUCUGGGAGGAUUCAUUAUUGCCAAAGAUGACAUUCAAUCUUGGAUGAUCUGGGGAUACUACAUUUCUCCUAUGAUGUACGGUCAAAAUGCGGUCGUCAUAAGUGAAUUUCUUGAUGAUAGAUGGAGUAUGCCUAAUUUGGACCCUAGGAUUAACGAAACUACGGUUGGGAAAGCAAUUCUCAAAUCUAGAGGCUUCUUUACCGAUGAAAGUUGGUACUGGAUUUGCAUUGCAGCACUCUUCGGGUUUUCUGUGCUGUUCAAUGUUUGUUUCAUUGCAGCACUGAGUUACUUGAACCCAUUUGCCGACUCGAAAGCUGUUAUUCAAGAUGAAGAUGCAGAGAAGGAAGAGAGGACAAAAGGUAUUGACAUGGCCAUGAGAAGUUUAUCAGCAAAUGGUGGUUCUAACUCGACUAAAAGAGGAAUGGUUUUGCCCUUCCGACCCCUUUCGCUAGCAUUCAACCAUGUGAACUACUACGUAGAUAUGCCUGCUGAAAUGAAGACACAGGGAGUUCCAGAAACUCGGCUCCAACUGUUACGAGAUGUCAGCGGAGCUUUUCGACCAGGAAUACUAACAGCAUUGGUAGGUGUAAGUGGAGCAGGGAAGACCACGUUAAUGGAUGUCUUGGCUGGAAGGAAGACCGGUGGGUAUGUAGAAGGAAGUAUCAACAUUUCAGGCUACCCCAAAAACCAAGCGACAUUUGCUCGUGUCAGUGGCUACUGUGAACAGAAUGACAUCCAUUCUCCUUAUGUCACUGUGUACGAGUCUCUCGUGUACUCGGCUUGGCUUCGACUUCCUCAAGAUAUUGACUCUAAAACUAGACAGAUGUUUGUUGAAGAAGUGAUGGAUUUGGUCGAGUUGAAUCCAAUAAGAGAUGCCUUAGUUGGACUUCCGGGGGUAGAUGGUCUAUCCACAGAACAGAGGAAGAGGUUGACAAUAGCUGUGGAAUUGGUUGCUAAUCCCUCCAUCAUAUUCAUGGACGAGCCCACCUCUGGCCUCGAUGCUAGAGCUGCUGCCAUUGUUAUGCGUACCGUGAGAAACACAGUCGACACUGGGAGAACCGUCGUCUGCACGAUUCACCAACCGAGUAUCGACAUUUUUGAAGCAUUCGAUGAGCUAAUGCUGAUGAAAAGAGGUGGUCAAGUCAUCUACGCUGGAUCUCUGGGACGCCAUUCUCAUAAGCUUGUCGAGUAUUUCGAGGCUGUCCCGGGAGUUCCUCGUAUCAAAGAUGGAUACAACCCUGCCACAUGGAUGCUCGAAGUGAGUUCACCAUCAAUGGAACUGCAGCUAGAUGUGGACUUCGCCCAGAUUUAUGCAAAUUCCUCCCUAUAUCAGCGGAAUCAAGAACUUAUCAAGGAGCUCAACACACCAGCACCAGGGUCCAAGGAUCUCUACUUCCCGACGCAGUACUCACAGUCCUUCAAUACUCAGUACAAGGCUUGUUUCUGGAAACAGAACUGGUCUUACUGGAGGAACCCUCAGUACAACGCCGUUCGAUUCGCCUUGACGUUUCUCAUAGGCCUCCUCUUUGGCCUCAUCUUCUGGAAGAAAGGCCAGAAGAUGGAGAAACAGCAAGACCUGAUGAACAUCUUGGGAGCCAUGUACGCCGCGGUGUUCUUCCUCGGAGCGACGAAUGCUUCCUCCGUCCAGCCCGUCGUCUCGGUCGAGAGAACGGUCUUCUACCGCGAACGAGCAGCCGGAAUGUACUCUGCAUUGCCUUACGCAUUCGCCCAGGUGUCGAUAGAAGCGAUCUACGUCUUCGUCCAAACAGCCAUCUACCACAUCGUCCUCUACUCCAUGAUCGGGUUCGAGUGGAAAGUCGGCAAGUUCCUGCUCUUCUUCUACUACAUCUACAUGGCGUUCGUCUACUUCACGCUCUACGGGAUGAUGAUCGUCGCGCUCACGCCGGGGCACCAGAUCGCCGCCAUCUGCAUGUCCUUCUUCUUGUCGUUCUGGAACUUGUUCGCCGGCUUCCUCAUCCCCCGGACGGUCAUUCAUGAGGUACCAGAAAGCUCAGCAAUGGUAGGUGUUACGGGUAUGGAAGUCUUGAACGAACAGGAGAAAAUUGCUGUGUUGCCAGGCACAAGAGAUAAAACUGACAAGAGAACAGUUCCUCCACCUGGUGCUGGGCAGAGAAUUUAUGACAUAGAUCCAAUUUUGUCUGGUUUCCGCCAGCAUCUUGAUUACAGAUAUUCGCAGUACAAAAGAAUACGUGCAGAAAUUGACAAGUGUGAAGGUGGAUUAGAGCAAUUUUCACGAGGCUAUGAAAAGUUUGGAUUUAUACGCAGUGAGACAGGGAUAACAUAUAGAGAAUGGGCACCUGGAGCAACAAGCGCAGCAUUAAUAGGAGAUUUCAACAACUGGAAUCCCAAUGCAGAUGUCAUGGCUAGGAAUGAGUUUGGUGUGUGGGAGAUCUUUUUGCCCAACAAUGCAGAUGGUUCACCGCCAAUUCCCCAUGGUUCAAGGGUGAAGAUACGUAUGGAUACUCCAUCUGGCUUGAAGGAUUCUAUUCCUGCUUGGAUUAAGUUUGCUGUACAAGCUCCUGGAGAAAUCCCAUACAAUGGCAUCUACUAUGACCCACCAGAAGAGGAGAAGCAUGUGUUUAAGCAUCCACAACCCAAAAAACCAAAAUCGCUGAGGAUUUACGAGUCACAUGUUGGAAUGAGCAGUACGGAACCAAAGAUCAACACAUAUGCUAACUUCAGAGAUGAAGUGCUGCCCCGCAUCAAGAAGCUCGGCUAUAAUGCUGUUCAAAUCAUGGCUAUUCAGGAGCACUCAUAUUAUGCCAGCUUCGGCUACCAUGUCACGAACUUUUUUGCGCCUAGCAGUCGUUUUGGGACACCAGAUGACUUGAAGUCUCUGAUUGAUAAAGCUCACGAGCUAGGUCUACUUGUUCUCAUGGAUAUUGUUCACAGCCAUGCAUCAAAUAACACGUUGGAUGGGCUGAACAUGUUUGAUGGGACUGAUUCCCACUACUUCCACUCUGGAUCGCGGGGACAUCAUUGGAUGUGGGACUCUCGCCUUUUCAACUACGGAAGCUGGGAGGUUGUUAGAUACCUUCUAUCAAAUGCAAGAUGGUGGUUGGACGAGUAUAAAUUUGAUGGGUUCAGAUUUGAUGGUGUUACUUCAAUGAUGUACACUCAUCAUGGAUUGCAGAUGACUUUUACAGGAAACUACAACGAGUACUUUGGAUUUGCAACUGAUGUAGAUGCUGUCGUCUAUCUGAUGCUUGUUAAUGAUUUGAUUCAUGGCCUUUUCCCCGAGGCUGUCUCCAUUGGUGAAGAUGUUAGUGGAAUGCCUACAUUUUGCGUUCCUAUCGAAGAUGGUGGUGUGGGAUUCGAUUACCGUCUUCAUAUGGCCGUUGCUGAUAAAUGGAUUGAGCUUCUACAGAAGAGAGAUGAAGACUGGAGAAUGGGCGAUAUCGUUCACACCUUGACUAACAGAAGAUGGUUGGAGAAAUGUGUCUCAUACGCAGAAAGUCAUGAUCAAGCUCUUGUUGGCGACAAGACUAUUGCCUUCUGGUUGAUGGACAAGGAUAUGUACGACUUCAUGGCUCUUGACCGGCCAGCCACUCCUCUCAUUGAUCGGGGCAUAGCAUUGCACAAAAUGAUCAGACUUAUCACCAUGGCAUUGGGCGGUGAAGGAUAUUUGAAUUUCAUGGGAAAUGAAUUCGGACAUCCUGAGUGGAUUGAUUUUCCAAGAGGCGAGCAGCAUCUUCCUAAUGGCAAAGUUGUUCCAGGGAACAACAACAGUUUUGAUAAAUGCCGACGUAGAUUUGAUCUGGGGGACGCAGAAUAUCUAAGGUACCAUGGGUUGCAAGAAUUCGAUCGGGCAAUGCAUCACCUUGAAGGAACCUAUGGCUUCAUGACUGACAUUCACCAGUACAUAUCGAGGAAAGACGAAGGCGAUAGGGUGAUCGUGUUUGAGAGAGGGAACCUUGUGUUCGUCUUCAACUUCCACUGGAACAAAAGCUACUCCGACUACAGAAUCGGCUGCCACAAGACUGGAAAGUACAAGAUUGUUUUGGACUCGGAUGAUGCACUCUUCGGAGGCUUCGACAGACUUGAUCACAAUGCCGAAUACUUCACCUUCGACGGUUGGUACGACGACAGGCCUCGAUCGAUCAUGGUUUACGCCCCAGCAAGAACAGCAGUAGUCUACGCUUUGGUGGAGGAUAAACCUCAAUCCGCUCCCCUCGAGAUCGAAUCAGCUGCUGCUUCCGUCAAACAUGUCGAGCCAGAACCCGAAGCACCCGAGGCAGCAGCAGAGCUGGAUGCUGCAUCAGAGCUCGUCCAGAGCUAAGAAUAAUCGGCACUCAGAUCUCGUUGGCGCUACAGCUGCAUGAGAAGGCCACAGAUACAGUCGCAGCUGCAAAAUGAUAUUCCAAUUCUCAUGGCAAUCUAGCUCUGCAAGCAGUUCAUCCGGAGACGACGUGACAAGGCGAAGAAGCAGAGAGGGAGGGGUGGACAACUUCGGCUUCAUGGCAUUGGUGAAGCUGUCACGCUGCUUCAAUUGGCCUAGUCUAGCUAGGUUGUAGAGGCGUAAGUAAUGAUGAUAGUAAUCUAAUUUAUUAUCACUAGUCUAUUGUACAGAGAAUGCCUCAUAAAAUCAUAAUACUGCGCCUUGCCAUGUAGUCGAUCAUAAUAAUAUGUCAUUCUACCACCUUCCUUCCUGAAUAAUUAUAAGUCAAACCUUGUAUCGAGUUUUCGUCUGACAAAAUUACGUACAGGCUCGAUUCCUUCAAGAGACAUCAGAUAAAAUUGGAACGAUUGUCGUCAAACAAAUGCAAUCAACUGUAGAACACUAGAGGCAUGCUUUGAGGAACAAAAUGUUAUGAAUCAACUUACAUCUCAUACAAACAAACCACAAACCGAAGCAUGAAGAACAAAGAACCCAGGCGAUUAUUAAACGGUGUCGUAUACACAGAUUUCCAAAGCAGGAGAAAAAUCAAAUGAGGGUGUUUCUCUAAGCGCUGACGAAGCUGGUCUCAGCAGAAGCAGUGACGCGAGGCAGCUGGCCUAGAACGCUUGUAGGAGACGAAUUCGAAGCGGAGGAAGACGAUCUAAAGGCCUCGGCCAGCGGCCCACCCAUAUGGUUCCCGGCCCACCCCGUGGCCCAGUUGAUUUGGGCCUGGGCCCUUUCGCUCCCUCCACCCUCCUCUUCCCCGCCGUCGUUGCCGGUAGCCAGCUUCAACGACACGUCGGAAGCCGUCGCCGGCAUCGAUAUCGUCAGGCAUGUAGAGGAAUGUCCGGCGCCACUGUCCUCCGACUCUCUCGGCCAGUCGUCGAAGAAGUGUCUCAGGACGUGUCCGCCGUCCGAUCUGUUGUUGCAAGCCUCCGUCCCCGAUCUGAACAUUGGCUUAGAUGAAGCAGAUCAGCAGAAGGGAACGAUCCGCCGCCUCCUCGGCCGACCCCACUAGCUAGAGGGAUCGACAGCGGCGGGCGAGCAGAGCUACCGCCGUAUGGCGAGGCGGUGGAGCAGUUGUUGAAACCAGUACCACCAAUAACAGAGGGGACGGCGGCGGUGGUAACUUCCACAGGCUUUCUUGAACGGUUGCGGCCGCGGUGGACGUGGCGCUCGCAGUACUUCUGGCCGGCCACCACGUCUCUCGAGCACCGCCAUUUCUUGCCGUCGGUUCUCCGGCACCGCCCCGGCUCCGGAUCCAUGGUUCCCCUUCCCCAAUACCCUCCCUGCAACAAAGCAGAAGGCUGAUAAGGAUUGGAGUAAUGCUGAAGGAAAAAGGAAGCAGGGGAAGCAGAGGAAGAGUGAAGGAGAAGGCUCUUCUUGAUUGGGUUGAGGAGCUCAGUAGGGAUAGCAGCUCCAGCCAACAUGUAUCUGUAGAUCAAAGCUUGUAGCUCCAGCUCCUGCCACUGCGCCAAGCUGAAGUAACUUCCCAUCCUUGUGGGAACAGCUGAAAGAUUGCUGUAGUUGAGGCUGCUGGUGAGCUUAGUUGGUGAUGAAUCAGCUGAAGGUACAAACAAAGGGAGAGGAGUAGUGGUAGAAGGAGUAUGAGGAUGAUGCUGGUCAGAAGAACCAGAGGAAGGAGGAGAGGGAUCCAAGAGGAGUUUUGGAAUCUUGGAGGAUGGCUGCUGUUGUUCUUCUUCCACUUCUGACUCAUGUUGGUUUCUCCAUUGCUUCAGAUGGAAGUCCAUUGACAGAGAGAGAGAGAGAGAGAGAGAGGGUUUGGGUUUUGUUCUCUCUUAAC